AUGUCUUGGCGAGUAUUUGCUGUGGAUGUUGCAGAUUCCUCCGAUAGAUCGUCCAAGCCACAUGUCAGGCGGCUUUUUCCUUUGCGAAGACGCACUCUCCUUCCCCUCGAGAACAUGCUGGGAAAGAUUUUGGAAGAGAAGUUAAUAACUCACCGGCACGCGAACAGCUUUUGUUGGGUCAAUUACAAAGUAUCCAAAGGAUUUAGAAGGGUGAGCAACCACAUGGAAUGUCAGCUAAGCGUUGUUUCAUAUCGUCCGUAG